GUUUUUAUCUAGCACUGUAAUCGUUAGCAUGGCUCUGUGGAUAUUGUUAGCCGCGCUGUCCUUGUCUUGUACAGUAGAAGGGUCCUUCAAGAAAGGAACAUGUGCUUAUCCAGGGAAUCUGUUGUGCGAUGACUUCAAUGUUCUGAACAACAUGUCAUGGUGGUAUGAUUGGCACAUGGACCUGUCAUUCUAUCAUGACAAAGUUGGACAACACUGUAAUAGUACGCCUCACCUUGUGCACAAGCAUAUUCCCAUGGUGAAGAAAUUCAACAACCAUACACAACUUACAAUUCAAACUUGGGGAAGAUUCAUCUUGGGCUUCAACGAGCCAGAUCAUGCAGACCAAGCCGAUAUGACACCACAGGAAGCUGCCGCUGCCUGGCCGGAAAUAGAAAAGAACUCACACGGCGCAAAGCUGGUCAGUCCGACGACAGCUGGGCCGAACUUUAAAUGGUAUGAUGAAUUUUUCCGGCUUUGUCACGGCUGCAGGAUUGACUUUAUCGCGGCACAUAUGUACAGGUGUGAUGCUCAUGAAAUUAUGUCGUACUUGCAACAACUGUACCACAAGUACAACAAGAAAAUUUGGCUCACUGAGUUCGCAUGUCCUCAAACACAUGAUGAAAACAAACAACUGCAUUUGAUGAAGACCCUUCUGCCACAACUGGAGGCUGCAGAUUACGUAUUCAGGUAUUCAUGGUUUUCGGCCCGAAUUCAUCCAAAACAUGCCGACAGAUAUGUCAACCCGUCUGCCAGCUUGUUGAAGGCUAAUUCGUCAGAGCUCACGAUGAUUGGUCAGUUCUACAACAGCUUUCACGUGCCAUACCACAGCUCACAUAUAGUCGGUUGAUAAUUUAUGUGAAAUUGUGAAAUAAAAAACGUUUAACCCUA